UAUGUUGAGGAAACACCUGAGUUUAGGUUGUUGCUAGCCGAUGCUAUUAACUAAAGAUACAAGUGAUGGCAGGAGAUAGAUGAGGAAGCAGUGAGGAGAGAGUAUUAGAGUGACGGCCAGGAAGUGAGAAAAAUGUUGCUCUUCAGAGUUUUCCUGAUUUCUUUCUCAGUUCUCCUCCGAGGCCCUCUUCUUCUUGUUUAAUUACCUCACUCCCACCCCAGGCCCCUAUCCUAGACCCAUUACUUCAAAUUCUUAUCAAUCAAUUCUUCAAAAUCAAAUCAACAUAUGUUGUUAACAUAUAAGGUUAACAGCAAUUUGUUAAACCAAUCAGAUAUUUUUUUUAUCGUAAAAUAAUCUUGAAAAGAAACAAAAAAUAUUUUCAAGAGCCAAAGGUAGAAAGACCCUUAUUUUUUUAAACAUUUUGGGUAAGAAAAGUCACAGUUCAGACCACAUAAAGCAAUGAUGACAGGGUUAACAAAAUCUAUGAGAAGCCUAAAAGAGUUCUGUGACUCUAAUAUGUCUUCAAAAUUAGAACUUUGGCAUUAAAAAUAUCUCUAUUUAAAACUAAAAUGUCAUAAAGCAUUAAGCUGAGAAAUUUUGAAAGGCUUAAUGUAAUAAGCUUUCUUUAAAAGUUCACAUUUGUUUUAUAUUGCACCAACACAAAGUAUUAUUUCACAUAUAAGUCAUACUUUUACUUUCAAAGUUUAUUCUGCAGACAUUUAAAACUCAAAGAAAAAUUUUAUAUUUUUGAGUUACCUUUGGUAUCAUAUACUAAUUUUACUGUCCAUGCCUCACAACAAAGAUGUUCCUUUUUUGUAUGGUUACAUUGAUGAAAACUUGACAAUACACUUUUUUUAUUGACCAAGUUCUCUCCUGAUAUUGCAUUUGUAAGCUACUCUUCUCAGUCAGCCCUAUGCUGAACUUACUAAGGGUUUUAUAAAAAACAAAAACAAAACAAAAAAAACCUGUUCUUGACUAAAACAUAAGCCUCCCAUAAUUACAUGUCAUAGUGCAAUUCUUAUCCAUUGAGCUUGUGGUUUUCCAAUUUUAGGACAAAGCAUGUGUUAUCAGUGACUUGCAAUUUAGUUUUGUUAUCCCUUGAUUCCAUAAAUGUUUAUUCUAACUGUAAAGUAGGCCCCUUAAUUUACAACUAUUUUUCUUCAUUUCUUUUUCAGAGUAAGAAAUAACAUACACAUUUCUGGCAUGUUGAUAAGAGAAUUUCAGCAAUUUUCUCCCUGACAUGAAAUAUUUCAUUCUGAAGGCCUGUAUUUCCUACCCUUAGAUUUCUUAGAUGAGGCUAUACUAAAAUCAAACUCUGAGAGGGAUCCACUUUUGUGGUUCCAAGUAUGAAACCUGAGUGAUGUCUCUGGAAAUAGCAAGGACUAAGAACACAAACACUUAUUUGUCCCCAAAAUAGAGGGACUCACAUUUUGAAAUAUUCCAGUGGAACCCCAAAAUUAGAGUUUACUAGAUUGAAAACAUCUUCUACUUGAAGGUUACUAACACAAACUCAAUGUUGAAUCAAACCAUAAUUCAUGUAGCUCAGAGUACUAGGUGAAGUAUCUAGCCAACAGAUUGCAUGCUUUGAGUUUCUUCUAAAUAAUUGAAAAUAUAAAUUGUCAAAGAAGACAGCCUUUUCACUAAUUAUGCUCAGUAUUUCUUCCUCUGUUAUUAAAGGAAAACUUUCCCUCUUAAAAUUGCCCCUAUCUCGGUAGUCAUAAAGUAUUCGGGCCACUUAAUUCAUCACUUCUUCUCAUGGUGACAUAUUGUAACAUUUGGUAAGGAAAUUAAGUUUCAUUGUACAUUCUCACUGAACUUUUGGUGAAAGAGUUUCAUUCUUUUUAUUAAUAUUAAAUCAUUAGUAAAGCCUUCUAAAGCUAGAUUUGGAAGGCCUCAUAGGAAGAUGGAAGGAGGCGUAGGAAAUGACACUCUGCUGAUAGUCAUAUAGUCAUUCUUCUGCCUCUAUUUUUUCUUAACUGUUUUAAAGGUGGUAGCUACCCCCAAAUCUAAUACCUGUAUGAAGCACUCCCAACUACAGCAGGACGCUGAGGCUGCUACUAGCAGAAGGGUUGGGAAAAUUUGAGUUGCUCUUCUUGCCUGUGAUAUACGGUACAAGGGUUGGCCCUGGUUUGGUCCACCUGCCAGCGGAGUUUAAAGUUUCUGAGGCUGGGACGAACACAAUGACUUGGAUCAAACUGCCUAAAUGGGAAGAAGGGUAUUUCUGCUGCAUCAAGGAAGCCGUUAAACUCCUGCUAGACUAAGCAUCUCCACCACCGACCUCCGCUAUCACUGACUAGAGAUUAUUUCUGACAAUCCAGGAUAUUUCGAAAGCUUGGAGACACAUGGCUGGAAAGUGAAACGAACAUGGAGUGUGGCCACAUCAUUUUGUGUCGCGAGGUACCAGAUGGGCAGUCAGUGAAUGGUUCAGUGAUGUAAAGGGACAGUUUUAUAAUGUGAAUUUUCCCCCCAUAAAGCUAAAACAGACUUCAUUUCCCUCUAUUUCCUUUUGGUCUAUAGCUUGCAUUUUCUCCCCGCUCUGCAAUAUCAAUUAACUCAACUUUGCAGUGGGGUAGCCAAAAAGGAAGAGGACCUUAGUAAGUGUCGGAGGAGCUGCAGUGCCCAGGAAACCGCGGCUGCGACCCGCCGCGUCCUGUGCGGAUCUCAGGGUUGACAGAGCGCCGGCGGUUAUGGAGCCGACGGUGCCCGCGGGCUGCCGUUAGAGACCCAGGAGUCGGGAGCGGUCCGCUCCUCUCGCGGCAGCCUUGGAGGCCGCUGCCCGCUCUGAUCCAAGGCGUUUCAUCACCAUUAUCCUAAUUACUGGGAAGUCAUGGAAGACGGCCCGCUGCCAGAUCUCAGAGACAUCGAGCUGAAGCUGGGGCGCAAAGUACCGGAGAGCUUAAUGCGCUCGCUCCGCGGGGAGGAGCCGGCGCCCCAGGAGAGGGACCGGGACCCUGGCGGGGGGAGCAGCGGCGGCUGCAGUUCUGACAACAGCAGCUGCAGCUUCCCUCCCUCCCUGUCGUCCUCGUCUUCGUCCAGCCCGACCUCCGGCUCCCCGCGACGACGCCACUGCAGCGCCCUGGAGAGGUUAGACACCAAACUCCACAUUCUCAGGCAAGAGAUGGUUAACCUCCGAGCCACAGAUGUCAGGCUCAUGCGCCAGUUGCUCGUUAUCAACGAGAACAUUGAGUCCAUCAAGUGGAUGAUUGAAGAGAAAGCCACCAUUACCAGCCGAGGCAGCAGUCUCAGUGGCAGCCUAUGCAGUUUACUGGAGAGUCAGAGCACCUCCUUGCGUGGCAGCUACAACAGCCUACAUGAUGGCAGUGAUGGACUGGAUGGCAUCUCCGUGGGGAGCUUUCUGGACACUUUGGCAGAUGAUGUCCCAGGCCAUCAGACCCCAUCAGACUUGGACCAGUUCAGUGACAGCUCUAUAAUAGAAGACUCACAGGCACUGCGCAAGCAUCCCAAAUUGGAUUCUGAAUACUACUGCUUUGGCUAACAACCCUGUUUCUACAUGGGACUGGUGUGCAAUUCACUAGUAUUUAUCCUUCUCUGCUGCUAUAUUUUUUGGUGUGAUUUUUUUUAUAUGACCUUUUAAAAGAAGCUUCUUUUGAAACUGCUUGAUGGUAUUUCUGUUGCCCCUAAUAUUUCUCUUCUGGACUGACUUAUCUUUCUCUCUCACAUCUCUGUUUUUAUUUAUUACAAUAAUUUUCUUCCCUCUUUUACGGUGGCACAAAUAUUGUAGGGGGACAAAAUAAGCAAUAAUUUUGAUUUUGUUUUCAGAGCAAGGGGUCAGGGAUUACAAGAAAAACUUUGCUAAAUUUUACAAUAAAGUCUGAUAACACUUAAUGUCGUUUGUACUCUAAAAUGAUUCAAAAUUUCAUUUUCCAGAAGUUAUUAAGGUUUAUUAGUCUUUUAUAUUAGGUUGAACCAAAUGCUUGGGACAACAUAGGCCAUAACUUCCUAGUGUACAGUCAACAAUACUGUUAGUCACAUACUUUUACCUAACAAUCAUUUAGAAACCCCAACUAUAGGCAAUCUGUCUGUUCAACUUGCGUUCAUACUGUAGAUUAGCAUUUUGUCAUCAGUGAUUCUACCCAAACUGUAGACUUAGUUGUGUGAUAACACAUAAAAUUCUCCCAAAUUUCAAAGAAUAACUGGGAUUAGGUAUGAAGGUAACUAGAGGUUAAAGUGUCCUAAAUUGUAUUUUCAGAUUUUGUUAACAUUUAUUUGUAUGUAUCUUGCAAUUCUGAUAGGAUAAACACUUGAAUGUAUACAUAUGGAUGGAUAGAUGACAGAUAAAUCCAUAUAUAGAGAGAUAUAGAGGUAAACAGAAUCACUAUUCAUUUAUUAAGUCUAAUUAAUAUCCUUUCAUCCUGGGAUGGAUAGUCUUAGUUUUCUGAAAUGACAUCUGAAAAUAUAACUCACGUAGUGAACAAACAUUUACUUUUGAUGUAACAUUACUAAUCUUCCACAUUUAUUUUACGUUGAUUCCAGUGAGUGAAUCUAUUGAGAUUUUCAAUUGUUCUUUAUAAUGAUAAAUGUUUCUGCAUUGAACAUUUUAUAGUAUGUAUCAAAAAGUCUUCCUAUUUAUAAUUGACUAAUGUCCAUACUCUAGAAAUGGUUCCCCCCCAAAUUCCUUUGUUAAUAUACACUUAUUACACACUUGUUAAAACUAUUUUUUGUUUCUAGGAUGUAUAUUACUUUACUCAAUUUCCAAUUAAAACCUACAGGGGCUAUGUUUUACACUAGUCCUUUUUCAUGAAUUGCUACACAUAAAUCCUCAUUGCAAAAAUCUUA